UGUGUGUGUGUGUGUGUGUGUGUGUGUGUGUGUGUGUGUGUGUGUGUGUGUGUGUGUGUGUGUGUGUGUGUGUGUGUAUUUAAAGGGCUGCCUCUCUCUCGCUGGGCAUCUUCAGCUUACCGUCUGCUGCUACCUGGGAAUAAACUGCAUCGUGUUCCUGCCGGCUGCUGAAGGAACAGUCAGUGUUCCAGUGUUCCAGUUGCAGAGAUGUCUCAGGUGCUUCUCCUGCUGUCAGGCCUUUUCUUCUUCUCAACAUCUGGCUCAGCAUCCAGUGUGCCGUACCCGGUGACCUGUGUUAUCCGCGGAGCCGAUCUGGUGAAGGAUGGCGUGCUGGUCUUGUGUCCUCCAGACUGCACCCAGGUGUCGGUGUUCGGGACCAAGGUCUACGCCUCCGUGUCCUCCGUAUGCGGAGCGGCCGUCCACAGGGGGAUUCUGGGUCAGCCCGGCGGCUCCGUCAGGGUCCACAAGCUGCCGGGGAAACAUAACUACCUGAGAUCCUACGCACAUGGCAUCCAAUCACGGGACCUGUCCCGCUGGACCGCCUCCUUCAGCCUCACCAAGCCGGUUGACGUCCCAUUGGAGUUGACCAGUGACAUCGUUACCACAGCGAUGUCUGACGCCGCUCUACCAGUAAAGAAACCACUGAAGAAGCCGCCAGUGAAGAAAGUUUCGACCGGCGGAAAUAAAGCUUGUCAGAUGGACAUCGCCAUGGUGAUUGACAGCAGUAACAACAUUGGGCAGCGGAGGUUCAACUUGCAGAAGAAGUUUGUGAUCAAAUUGGCAUCCAUGUUGAAAGUCGGAUCAACAGGGCCGCAUGUAGGCCUGCUGCAGGCCGGUGAUUCUCCCCGGACAGAGUUUCUACUGAGCAACUACACUCAACCUAAAGAGCUGCUGUCUGCCAUCAAGCAGCUGGUCUACCUGGGAGGAGACACCAACACAGGUAAAGCCAUCAUGCACGCGGUGGAGACCUUCUUCACCCAGGAGAACGGGGGGAGGCGGGGCCACCCUCGGGUCAUGAUGGUGAUUAUUGACGGCUGGCCGUCUGACGACCUGGAGCAGGCGGCCUUGUUGGCCAGAGAGUCCGGCAUCAACGUCUUCCUGGUGUCUGUGGCCAAAGCGGCUCCUGAGGAGCUCGCCAUGGUGCAGGACAAGGACUUCAUGAAGAAGGCGGUGUGUAAAGAUAACGGCUUCUUCAGCUAUUCGAUGUCCAGCUGGUUUGGCACCACCAAACACGUCAAACCUCUGGCUCAGAAGCUCUGCUCUCUGGACAGCCUGCUGUGCAGUAAAACAUGCUACAACUCGGUGAACAUCGGGUUCCUCAUCGACGGUUCCUCCAGCGUCGGGGAGGGGAACUUCCAGCUGAUCCUGCACUUCCUGACAGGAAUCGCCAAAAGCUUUGACAUCUCGGACAGAGGAGCUCACAUCGGUGCGGUGCAGUUCACCUACGAUCAAAGGCUGGAGUUCGGCCUGUUUGAACACUCCACCAAAGAGGCCUCCCUGAACGCCCUAAAGAGGAUCCGCUACAUGAGCGGAGGGACGGCCACCGGAGCCGCCAUCACCUACACCACCGAGAACCUGUUCAGGCGGACGGGACCAGGACGUAACUUCCUCAUUGUGUUGACAGACGGCCAAUCGUAUGAUGACUUCAGACUCCCAGCGAUGGCUGCACAGAAACAAGGCAUCACCAUAUACUCGGUGGGCGUGUCCUGGGCGCCCAUGGUCGACCUGAAUGCGAUGGCAUCAGAGCCGAAGGAAAACCACAUCUUCUUCACCCGGGAGUUCACCGGCCUCGCCGAGUUGGCUCCUCUCGUGGUCCGAGGCAUCUGCAAAGACUUUACAGAGAAAAACUAAGAACACACACACACACACACAAACACACACACACAUACACACACACAAUAACACCUAAACACAGAGGUUUGUACCUCUAAACUAUAUCGAUGACAAACGUAACUUAAAUCUAGAAAUUGGAACCCUUAAAACAGCCUGACAAUAAGAGGACUGGACCAUAUGUGAGAGAAAUAUGUCCUCACAAAAAAGUACACAUUUGUACUUCUAUAUUCAUAAGUUCCACAGACACUCAUCCUAAAACCAAGUCUUAGCCCUCAAAAAAACAUUUUAGGAAGAGAAAACUAGAACAAAAUGUUCUUUUCAAAAUGUCCUCAGUAUGCAGGCAGAAAAUCAGGUCCUCAUAAAGAUAGAAGUACGUUCACACACAAACACACACUGUAUAUAUACAGUCAGUACUGAUACAUUCACAUGUAUAUACAAUAUAAUCUAUAUAUAAUAAAAUAGAUCAUCAACAGUAGAAACCCACAUUCUUCACUUGUCACUAAACAGUCCAGUGUGUUUUAUUCUGUAAUCAAUUAUUACAUUUCAGUAAUGAGUGAACAUAUUAAAAUGUGUAUCUUCUGUA